AUGGUGAUGGAAGCUCUUUCUUGCAUGAUAAAUAAGGCUUGUGAUUUGAGGAUUCUUAAAGGGGUUUCACUUCCUAAUGGAGGCCCGACUGUUUCUCAUUUAUUUUAUGCGGACGAUGCGAUAAUUAUGGGGGAAUGGAGCAGGGGGAACUUAUUAAAUGUGGUGAGAAUUUUGAGAUGCUUUCAUGUUUGUUCAGGGCUCAAAAUCAAUUUGAGCAAGUCAUAUUUAUUUGGGGUGGGUUUGCAGCCGGUUGAGGUGGAAGAGAUGGCCGAGUUGGUUGGUUGCAAAGCGGAUGCUUUUCCAUUCAAGUUUUUGGGUCUCUCGGUUGGGGCCAACAUGAACCGGAUUUCAAACUGGAGGCCUGUGUUCGAUGUCUUUGAGAAACGUUUAUCGCUUUGGAGAGCUUCUACUCUCUUUUGGCGGCAGAGUCACCUUGAUUCGUUCAGUUCUGGAAAGCCUUCCUACUUACUUUUUUUCUCUUUAUCGUGCCCCGAUCAAUAUAAUGCAGGACUUGGAAACUCUCAUUAG